AUGCAAUCUUCCACACAAGAGAAGGUGAUAUCGUCUCAUUUCCAGAAGUCUUCUCUAGAGGAAAUCCUGAGUACGAGUUUUAAGUCUGUGUUUAGUUCAAAGAAUUUGCCAGAUACUCCAUUCCCUACAAUCUAUAGAACAGUUAACUUUUAUAAGGCCCAAGCUGAUGUGGAGAAUGCUAAAAAGGGGUUGCUGGAACAUUUCUCAAAGAAUGAAGUCCAGAGUGAGCGAUACUUUGGGAUCUGAAACUUACCUGCCACUGAAGGAAUUUAUGGAAUCAGAGCUUUGCUUGAACUUCUUGACCCUAAAAAUAUUAUCACUGUUAGAAAGAGGGCAAUGCAGUGUAUGAUCGAACUUUCGAAUGAAACUGCUGAUCUUAAAUUUGAUGUAACGCAUUCUAUCGCAGGAGGAUAUGUACUCAAAUCAGAUCUAUGAAAAAACCCAGAGUCAUCUUCAGAGCCACUACUGAUCUAUUCCAUCUUCAAAGCUACAUCUUCAGAUUUUGAUGUGGCAUAUGAUACCUUCUUCAAUUAUAUUCACGAGGACAUCAAGAACAUGACCAGAAUUGAUAUGGAUUUCAAUAUCUUCCAGCAAUUGAUCCUUCAAUUCAGAGACCAAGACGAACGAGUCAGGAAAAAGAAGUUUAUUCUCGAAGAAAUCCUAAACAACAAGGCUAGGAUGCACUCUGAAAUCAUGAACUCUGUCAAAAAUAGACAACUCAUAGCAACAGAGUUGCUCAUGAGAGUCAGAGAUUUUGAUAAUUCCUCCACCAAAGCCUAUAGGUAUGCUACUCGAGGAGGUGUUGGAGACCUCCGCUACGGAGCAGCUCAAGAGGAAGAGGAGAAAUAUGAGUAUAUUCCAGUCAGAAAGGUGUAUAUUUUCCACUUCGUGGAAAAGAAACCUAGCUCUGAGGUGAACUUCAUCUCAUUCUCUUCAAGUAACCUCUGUGCUCUCGUAGAAGGCGUCUUCAACAGUUUAGAAGCAGCUGAGUCUUACGCUUCGUUCUAUAUGAGAAAGCAAGAGGAGGUCGAUAAGAAAUAAACUGUCUGGAUAUUUAGAAAGCAAAUAUGUCACUGUUUUCAAUGACUAUUAUAGCAACGAAUUAAUCAGAGCUAUUUGGGGAAUCCAUGGGAUGAUCUUGAUCGAAAGUGAGGCGAUUAGGUUCCAGAUAUUGGAAAAUAUCUUUGCUAUCUUAUCCCAUCCAGUUUCGCAGUUGCUUCAUCUAAGAAGUUUAUCCAAAACAAUUGAGGUAUUGAUCAUCGCUCAUCAAAAUUACGGCCUACCUCAAUUCAAGGAUGCAAUAUUACACAUGUUUAACAAAUUUUACGCCUCAAUAAACCAAAUUAUUGCUCUAGGUUUUGCCCCUGAAAUCUUAGCUCUAAGAAAGUACCUUGAAGUCUUACUCAAAAAUAUUGCAGGAACCUCAGGAAAAGAGCUAGAGGUUGAUAUGCACUCUCUGGAUGCUUUUAGAAAUAUGACAAGGCUACUCAAAACUGUCUGCUGCUCCAUUGCUACUCAGAUAGUUGACCAGGAUAAAGUAACAAAAAGCUCGAUAGAUAUUGUCUUGAAUAUCAUGAAAGGCAACAGUGAUAUCCAAAUUUACACCCAAUCUGAGUUUUUAGCAAAGAAAAGUCCUGAUAAAAUAGUUGACGUCAAAUCUGAAAUUGACAGAGCUAGUAAGGAGAAAAGAUACCCAUCCAAAGACAUGAUGGAAAGUGUCCAUAUGCAGUAUGUUGUAGACACAUAUUCUUUCGAAAGCCUGUUCUUCAUUUUGAGAGACCUCAUGAUGAACCCACUUUAUCCUAACUCACUUGCAAUUUGAGAGUAUAAACUUCAAGGUCACAAUAUUAGAUUUGAUAUAUAUGGAGGCGUCUCAGAUGUUGCUAUUAACGAGACUGAUUAUAACAAGCCAUAUAAGAAUAAAGAAGAGUCAACAAAUAUGUUCAUUGUUGGGCAUGACGAAAUGAGUGACAAGGGAAUUCCAUUCCCUAUCUCAGACUAUCACACAUUGUUUGCAUGCUCUUCAAUAGACUUGGGUCUGUUCAGAAAGUUCUUCAAAAAUUAUGAAUGCUCCAUUCCUCUUGCAGAGGAUUAUGAAGGUCUCAAGCUUCAGACCCUGCUAUCCAUCACUGGAUAUUCCAUAUUUAAUAGGUAUAAGAGACUAAAGAAGCAGACCUCUAGUUGGAAUCUUUGAUAUGAUUUUGUCUUCACAGGAAUGGAAUAUGAUAAAGCAAUCAUGAAUUUCACAAAUUUAUUAAUAAAAUACUCUGUUUGGCUCCACAAAGAAACUGAUUGAAUUGUAAACGGUUUCUAUAGUGAUGGUGACCCAGAUUCUCCAGCUCUCACAUUGUAUAAGAUUCGUACAAAUGAGGAGGCAAAUGCUGGGGCCGAUAAGCUCUUCGAAUACUUCAACAAUAGACUUAGGCUCUAUCUCAUCGUUCUGACUCCAGUUGAGAAUACUUUCAAGAAAGUGAAGAUUUACUUCAACUUGCAUUUUAGGAUAGACAUUGAUGUCCAGAUUACAUCUCUUCUACCUUUGGCAACUGUGAAUGAUAUAUCAAAGGUAUUUUUCACAAUCCCUGAGUACAUAAUGUGGGAUAAGAUUCUUAGAAGUCAGCUGGGUUACACCCCUACAGAGUUCCUACUUGAAGAAUACAAGAACGCUUAUCUUGGCUUCAGACUUCAAGAAGCACUAAAAACAAGAAUUCUGAUUAUGAUUUUAGACGAAAGAAUUGAUCAUCUGAACCAUUACAUGAGACUUCUAUAUUCUCCAUCAGAAGUGCUCUUUAAUACCUCUGAAAGCAUCAAAAUAGUGUACCUCCUUUUGGAUGAUUACAAUCAGAAUGAGCUGAAUAGGACAACUACUAAAAAGUUGCUAAUUCAGCCGAUACAUACUUAUUUUAAAUUAGUAGCUGAAGAAGUUGAGAUCACUAUUUUGGAUCACCAUAACAUUAUUUGCGAAGGAAAUCAAGUCAAGAUUCUGAACCACCUCUCUGAAAUUACUAAGUAUAUUCCUACUAUAGAAGAACUUGAUUUCCCUGAGAAUUUAGAGGUACUUGAUUUAUGCAAAGGGAAGCUGAGAAGCAUUGAGAAUGACUUGAAAGUAAUGUCUAGCAUUUCAGUUUUAUACUCUUCGGAUUAUUUAAAAAAUGUGUACAAGAUUAAUUUGUAUGAUAAUCCACUACUUAUUGACUAAAUCCAAAUAAUAUACCAAAAAUUCAAUUAAUUUUCUCCUUCU